CUAAUCCUAUAAUAAAAUAUGUCCAAUACCCUUAUUAUAUUCAUCGUACAAAUAACAAAUCAUUACCAGUGUAUAUUGAUCUCAAAAAUGGAAGAACACGAAUAUUAACUAUUUUGAGAAGAAUUGAAGGUGAUAUUCAGGCACUUCGCGAUGACAUCAAAAAGGAUCUCUUUCCAAAAGAUCACUCUACUCAUUCUAAAGUUACAAUCAAUCAUACAAAUAAUAAUGUAGUUAUCAAAGGCGAUUAUUGCUUUUUAUUGAAAAAAUGGCUAAUGGACAAAGGAUUUUGA